AUGUCACCAACACCUUCAUGUGCAUCAUGUCUAUCACUAGUAGAUCGAGCCAGUUAUUCGAUUACAAUCACAGAUUUCUAUCGAUCAUCCAAAAUUAAAAAUAAUACAUUAUCGAUGGUUUUUUCAAAAGGCCAAGUGAAAAAUAAUUCUUCUUCUCAAACGUCGCCAACAGACAAUGAGAAUUUGGAAUUGAAGAUUCGAGCGAUAAACGAAACGAACAUGUCAUUGACAAAGGCCAACAACAAUUUAACUGAAGAUAUGGAGAAAAUUAAAAAGGCGAUUCUUUUAUUGUCCAAAGCCAAUGACAAUUUAACCACGGACAUGAAAAAAGUUAAUGAAGCGAACGCAUUAUUGGUGGAUCGCUUUAACGAUUUGGAAAAACGAUGCAAUCAGCUAAGCUUACAUCUAAUUUUGUCGGAUAUGUUUACUUAUCUGAUUAACCUGUUAAGUUUAUCAUCAUAUGGUAUACGAACUUCUGGCAUAUCCGUUAACAAAUUACGUGAAUGUUUAGAAAGUUCAGUUCCAAACUUGGGAACAAUUGAUGACAUCGACAUAUCUUAUCGACAGAUUUUACAUCGAAUUAAAGAUGAUCUCGCUCGUGUAUCUUUCAAUUUGAAUUUAAUUGAUCAUGGACAUUCAGCUCAACAUUUCAAAUACGUCUUGGUCAAAAUAUCUGAUAUAAUGAAAUUGAUAUUUGAACAAGUCGUUAAUGAAUAUAAAGAACGAAAAGAAAUCUUAACACACAAUGAUCUCAUGGAGGAUUUGGUGCAGAUAUUGAAGACAACGUCUUUGAAUUCAUCCACUCAAUCAUCGGACGAUAAUAGCAUUGAAUUCAAAUAA